UUGUGUAAACAGCGACUAGCAGGAUCGCUGUAAAUUCCCUCGGCAGAUAAAAAGGACGGCACCUUAUAAUCAAAUGAAUUGAGAGACUAGAGAUAGUAAAGCCAACACCGAUUGUCAUGUUCAUCCUCCCUUGAAUGGCCUGAAAUGGUCACAUGACAGAUGGAGCAAAGAUAAGAUAAGACCAGUCGCUAUAAAUCUUAACAAGCUUCAAUCUUGGAUCAAACUCAUGACUGAGGACAGAACUGAGGCUUUCUGUCUUUUUCUUCCUUUAUUUUAAGAACGACUCAACAAAUAAAUACAAAUUAUAUCCAAAUAAAAGAAUGAUAUCCAAGGCUAGCCGAGGAAACACUUCUUCUUUUAUCCCCUUGUCUGUACAGGUCUUGUUGUCUUGGUGUGUGCGUACAGACCUGCACUUUGAGACAAAACAAGGAGACAUAUACCCCGCCCAUGCCAGCUCAUAAGUCAUACCGCUUCAAUAACUAUAUUGAUGGAGCGCCUCUUCGGAACUUCUCAUGCAAUAGAGCCGCAUCUUCUCGGAGAAAUGACCUCUCAAAGAGCAAUGGUGGCGCUGGCACUGGAUGCUGCAACAGUCUGCUCACUCAAAGAGGGAGUCAACUUCCAGAAGAACCCGGAGGACGGUAAAUGCUACAUCAUAUUCAAGAGCGACAAGGGCCUUAAAGCAUGCAAGAACCAAUGCAAACACCAAGGGGGCGUGUUCAUCAGGGACAUCGAAGACCUGGACGGCAGGACCGUUAAAUGCACCAAGCACAACUGGAAGUUAAACGUGUCAACAAUGAAAUAUGUGAAUCCACCAGACAGCUUCUUGCAGGACGAGCUCGAGGUAGAGCUGUUGGAUGAUGGGGGGCUUCAGUUGGUCGAGUUGAGCCCCAUCGACCCCUGGCUGGCUGACCCUCGAGAGCCUGUGGAGCUCCAGGGAGGAGAAGUGGAAGUAACGUACUUCACCCACGCCUGCAUGGAGCUGAAGCUGGGCCAGAGGCGGUUCAUGUUCGAUCCGUGGCUGAAGGGUCCUGCGUUCGCCAGAGGCUGGUGGCUUCUCCAUGAGCCUCCAGCAGACUCCCUGGACAGAAUGUGUGCAGCAGAUCUCAUCUACAUCAGCCAUAUGCACUCUGACCACCUCAGUUACCCAACACUGAAAGUCCUGUCGGAGCGGAGGCCAGAUAUCCCGAUUUAUGUUGGUGACACAUCGAGACCUGUCUUUUGGUAUUUGGAGCAAAGCCAAGUCAAGCUGACCAACAUCAACGUUGUUCCUUUUGGUGUCUGGAAAAAUAUUGACGAAGACCUGAGGUUCAUGAUCCUGAUGGAUGGAGUGCAUCCUGAAAUCGACACCUGCAUCAUUGUUGAAUAUAAAGGUCACGUGAUCCUGAACACUGUGGACUGCACCAGGCCAAACGGAGGCAGGUUACCACAGAAUGUGGACCUGAUGAUGAGCGACUUCGCUGGGGGGGCGUCUGGAUUCCCCAUGACCUUCUCCGGUGGGAAAUACAGUGAUUCCUGGAAGGCAUCGUUUAUCAAGAACGAAAGAAAGAAGCUGCUGAAUUACAAAGCUCUGCUGGUGAAGUCCCUGCAGCCGGCGAUCUACUGCCCCUUCGCUGGCUAUUUUGUGGAGGCUCAUCCGUCCGACAGAUACAUAAGGGAAACAAAUGUGAAGAACAGUUCCGAGGACCUCAAUGCGCUCAUCAAUAAGUUCUCACCAGACAUCAAGACAUGGACGCCUAGGCCAGGCGCCGUGCUGGACCUUGGACUGGCUCUGAGAGACCCCACUAACAGUGAAGCCAUCACCAAUCCACCAGCCAGUGCAAAGAUCUACAAGGACAGUUGGGAUUUGGACACGUAUGUGGAUGAACUGAACAGUGCGAUCAGCUGUGAGAUAUUUAAACAUCCCAGCUGGACCCAGUUGUAUUACACCUGGGCCGGCUUCCAAAACUACAACCUCGUUGUGCGGAUGAUUGAGACGGAUGAGAGCUUUGAGCCCCGUGCUGACGGCUGCGACUACUUGGUGGACUUUUUGGAUCUGUCGUUCCCCACAAAGAGACCCGACAGGGAGCACUCCUACAUCGAGAUUAAAAACCGGAUUGGGGUGAUAAGAUACGUGGUGCUGCACGGUCUUCUCUGGGAUGAUCUGUACAUCGGCUUCCAGAACCGCAUAAGACGAGAGCCGGAUGUCUACCACCACAAGUUCUGGAACCACUUCCAGACAGAGCUACCAGUUCGCGGGCCAGACUGGGACCAGUUCCUGCACCAGGAACCUGAACCACCGCUUGGGAGCCAGGGAGCCAAAUGUGUCGUGUCUUGAGAGACGGAUGAUUUGUCUUAUAUUACCAGUCUAGUUUUAUCUUUUAUUGUUACAGAAGAUAAUCAAUUAUAAUUGGGUGUGUGUGUAUGUGUUUGCGUGUUAGUUCACAAAACAAUCAGUGUUUAGUCAAACUAAAUUACUAAUCAUCAUGUAUGAUCAUUUUCAGGGAGAGAAGGAUUUUUUUUAUAAUUUAUUUUCCAAUGUGACCUGCAAAACGACUUAAUGUGGUGUUUUUUUAAAAGAUUAUAUUUGUCGUUUAUUCCUGCCUGUUGUCAUUUAAUGUGUCUAGUUGUAUCUAUUCAUAAUCAAUCAAUGUAUUCAGUUUCAGAAAUAAAUUGCCUUACUUGGUCCUCUCCUCUUCAUCA